AUGCCACACGAGGCUGAGCACCAGGAUUCCGAAGCCAUGAAGCUUCUCAAGCAGCGGCUCGGUGGGCUGGAGACGGAGGAAGGCCGGACCAAGGGCCUCGAAUUCAAGCCCCAGCCCACGGAUUGCUUCGUGGUGACCACCCCCAAAGCCGGAACGACAUGGAUGCAGCAGAUCUGCCAUCAACUGCGCACGGGCGGCUCGAUGGACUUUGAUGAGAUUAGUGAGGUGGUGCCCUGGAUCGAGCUGGCCCACGACCUGGAUCACCCCCUUGACGCUCCCCAGGUGGCGGCGCCGCGCGUCUACAAAACACAUUGCUGGUACGACCACUGUCCCAAGGGUGGUAAAUACAUCGUUGUGGUGCGUCAUCCCGAGGACGUGGCGCUCUCUUUUUUCAACUUUUUCCAGGGCUGGUAUUUCGAGCCCGGCGAGAUCGAUAUCACCACCUUCUUGCGUGAAUUCUGGCUGAAGCGCGGCGAGCCGGCGUCUCGAAUGCAAAACGCCAGCUACCACCACCAUCUCACCAGCUGGUACCACCACCGCCUGGACGACAAUGUUUUGUGGGUGUUUUUCGAGGACAUGAAAGAGCAUCUUGAGGAGACCGUGCGCCGGGUGGACCGAUUUCUGGGCCUUCACUCCCCCGACGACGUCAUUCAGACCGCCGUUGAGCAUUCCUCCUUUGCUUUUAUGAAGACUCACGAAUCGCAGUUUGAUGAGCACAUUACCAAACGUAAGCGAAACCCAGCCUGCGGUUUGCCUGUUGAGGCAGGACUCGGCGGCGGUAAGGUGAAUCAGGGCCAAGUAGGGGCUGCCAAGGCUGCCAUCCCCUCGGAUGUUCUGUCCGAUAUUCGCGACAAGUGGGCCAAAGUCGUUACGCCCGUCACGGGCCAUGCCGAUUAUGCCACUUUUCGCGCUGGUAUGCGCGAGGAACUAGUCGCAGCCGGCCGUUGGUAG